GAGUUUUGAGUUUUGAGGAGGUGUCAUUGAGGCUCAUAGAUAGGACGCAGCCUAUGCGAAACACGUGUGGCAGCAUGGCUGACAUGGAAGACGUGGAAGCGCGUCGGCUGGCCAUGAUGGCCAAGCUUGAUGCACGCCACACAGCCCGCGCUGAGCAAAUUCAAGCUGAUAAGGAAUUUGCCGAACAGCAGGCCAAUCCAGAGGAGAGCGUGACCGACUUUGAAAAGGAUUUCCGCGCCCAACUACAAGGGCUUGCCGCGAGUCGAGAUGCCCUGACGGCUGAGAUGGGUAAAUUGAAGCUGACAGCUCGCUUCGACGAAUUGACGGUUCAGUUUGCUGCUUUGCGCAAGUCCCUCAACGAUGCGGCCCACUUUCUGCCUGCUUAUGAUCUCCGUCGCUGUCAACUGAGCAUCAAUGAGUUUGAUGAGAGCCUACAGCAACGCCGAGCUGAACUCAUCCCGAAAAAAAGAUUUGCCUUCAAGGGCAAGAAGAGCCGCGCCGUCCCCUCCACUGAGGCAGAUGUCUCAUCAUCUGCCUCGGCAGAGCCGCUGUCGUCUGCAAAGGCGGACGCUGCUGCACCCGUGGCUGCUUCGCCCAAUAGCCGCAUCUUUGCGGACCAGACAGACCAGACGAUUGAACUCGGGAGCGAGUUGAAUGGCAAGGACGUGUCUUUACACAACCUUAAAAACUGCACCGUCAUUAUUAAAGCCGCCUUGGGUAGUGGCCAUGUGAGUCGGCUUGACAACUGCAAGAUUCUCUCCGGGCCCGUCUCACGCUCCUGGUUAAUCGAUGGCUGCGUCAAUACGACAUUCGUUGCGGCUUGCCAACAGGCAAGACAACGAGCAGUGGCUCGCUCGCUCUCUCUCUCUAUGCGUAUUCAUAAUGCGUAUGAUACAGCCUUUUACAUUCACGUAUCGAGCCGGGCAAUUAUCGAGGAUUGUGAUCGUUUGGGCUUUGCUCCCUACAACUGGACCUAUGAGCGGCUGGACGAGGACUUUGAGGCCUCGGGUCUGCCCCGAGACACAAAUAAUUGGGACAAGGUCAACGAUUUCAAGUGGUUGGAUGCCACCCAGCCUUCGCCCCAUUGGCACUGCAUCCCAACUGAAAACCGGCAAACUUUUUCGUGAGCGGCGAGUCGCGGCUCGCCGGGUAAUGCUCUGCCGCGCCAGUGUCCCAGCAAUACAUGUCAGCAAGCAAACUUUGCCCGCGUUGCGAUGGACCACUCAGACAAGAGCUCGCGCCACGGCCAGGGCAGCCAAAACUAUGGGUUGUCACAGGCGGCAUCGAGCAUCAGCACGGUCCGGAACGCUGGACCCCCCAACUCCAAUAACACCAUUCGGGCAGAGCUCGCAAGCAUGGUUGUGCAGUCACCCACCUGCGCCAAAACCGCGCAUGAUCAAGCGGUGGCUCGAUGGAUUGCGCUCAAUCAGCCGCGCAUGGUGCAACAAGUAGGCACCUAUACCAGUCAAAUCGAUUAUUGAUGUCAC